AUGUUCUUCUUCAAAUCAAUCCCUCUGGGUCUCUUAGUGCUUUGCCUUUUCCACCAUUCUGCAAUUGGUGCCUCCCCCCUUUACCAUAUUUGUUUCAGCCAACAAAACUACCCUGCUAGUAGUCCAUAUGGUGCCAACUUGAACUUAUUGUUCAAUCUUUUAUACACCAAAGUUCCUCCUACGGGCUUUGGCCUUGGUUCAACUGGCCAUGCCAAAAACCAAGUGAAUGGCUUGGCCCUUUGUCGCGGUGACGUCUCAAGCAAAGAUUGCAAUACUUGCGUGGUUGAUGCAAGCAAAGAUUUACGCGAGCUCUGCCCUUCUCGUAAAGGAGCCAUAAUUUGGUAUGAUCACUGCCUUUUAAAGUACUCAGAUGUGGGCUUUUUUGGGCAAAUUGAUACGAACAACAGGUUCUAUUUGUAUAACGUCCAAGAAGUAGAGAAUGGAACAGUAUUCAAUGAGAAAGUCAAGGAAUUGUUAAGUGGGUUAUCUAAUGAAGCUUCUGAAGAUAAUCAAAAGUUCUACGCUACUGGUGAGGUACAACUCGAUACGUUCACAACAUUAUAUGGUCUUGCUCAAUGCACAAGGGACCUCUCUGGCGUUGAUUGUAAGAAGUGUCUUGAUAGUGCAAUAGGCGAACUCCCAAACUGCUGCAAUGCAAAACGAGGUGGGCGUGUUGUAGGUGGGAGCUGUAAUGUUCGAUUUGAACUGUAUCCCAUUGUCAGUACUUAAGAGCAUUAUCUGUACAGUAUGCAUACUAUAUAAAAUGAUCGACGUCUUGUUAUAUUUGCUAAUAAAUGAGGUCCAAAUUAUAUUGUAAUAAGAAGAUCCAAAUGAUAUUGUAAUAAGAUCUAGGUUUUCUUGUCCAUGUAAUUCUGUGGUUGCUUGUACAAUUACGUACUAUUGAUUUACUGUUUUGAGUAA